GAAAUAAUGCCAGAAAUGGCGACAACUUAUCAUGGAGGUGGCUCUCAAAGCCCGACCGCGAUCUCAAAACCCAUUGAAAGGGUUUUCGAAGACGCACAACAUACAGGAGAGAUUCUAUUGAAUGGAAGGAAGUUAAGAGAGUAUCCCAAACUCGCGGCCAAAUAUGAUCUUGUUGACACUAUUUCGGCAGAUGUGUCAAAGAACCGCAUGGCCGAGGUUCCAAAAGAGCUGUGUUUGUACAUAUCCAUGGAAAAGCUGAACUGCUAUCAUAAUGUUAUCAAGUCUAUACCAGAAUCACUGGUGCAGUUACAGGCCCUCACCUAUCUCAACCUCAGUCGUAACCAGCUAUCCAUCAUCCCUCCUUUCAUCAGCCAACUACAAACACUAGAAGUGUUAAUCGCGAGUCACAACCGUCUUGUGUCACUGCCAGAAGAGAUUGGUGUGUUGGACAAACUGAUGGAGCUUGACGUGAGCUGUAACGAGAUCUCACAUCUCCCGCUACAGAUCGGGGACUUGAAGUCCCUCAAGUCUCUCAAUGUUAGGAGAAACUUGCUACAGGAGUUGCCAGUUGAAAUCAGCAAGCUGAACCUGCGAAAGCUUGAUAUCUCGUCAAAUAGAAUCUCCAAGAUUCCAACUGUUUUCCGAAAGAUUGAGACUCUCGAGGAAAUACUGCUGGAAAACAACCCCCUAACAUUGCCUCCUGCUCAUGUUUGUACAAGGGGAAAACAACACAUAAUGAAAUAUCUGCAAAUUACUGCGAUACGCGAAGACAAGGCGAGACUGGGCAUGCUGAGUGAGAUCGACAUGAAACGGUUCCGCAAAUCCCUGCCUCCCGCAGUGUCUGGGUCGACAGAGGAGUUUCGUACACUUUUGGACAAUCCUGACAAAUGGAAGCGACACACUGUUCUCAGCAGUGACUCGGGAUACAGUACCACAGAUAGCGUGGACAAGUGUGGAUGGUCACCUCAAGAGAAUGGUGUUGACCUCCCUCACAUUGUUGAGAGUAACAACCUGGCCAUGCGAGCAGCAGCAGCUGUGUGUAGAGAGCCCUGUUACCCAGCCCCGGCAGUAACAUACAGAGAGCCUCGUAGACCUCCGCCUGAACCACCCAUGCGGGUGAACAGUCGACUAUCUAGGGAGGGGAUUCCGGAAACCACCCCUCCGCCUCCACCUCGUGGCCUUACCAGAGUGCCUUCAACGGAGCAGACACAUUCAUAUUCACCUGAAGGACAGUCAGGAGUUUCGCCAGUUAUGCUGGCGUCGAACCAAAUACCGACAGUGAUACCCCCACAAACAUUGCCCAAGCCCCUGUACAGCAAUGCCCCAACCCCACCCACUCUCUAUCCAAGCCCCCAGGGGACAACACCUCUCACUCCCCCAACCCCCCAGGGUCCUGGGCCUGGGGUGGGACUCGUAUCCCCUGGGGUCCCACAGGGUAGUAUCCUGGGGACAAGCCUUGAGGAUGAGUUUACUAGGGAGCUUCAAAGACAGAAACAAGAGUAUGAGAGCAAGAAGAAAGCUGCAGAGCUGCUGAGAAUCCAACAUGAGGAGGAAGAAGAGCGGAGAACAGCUGUACAAAGGGUUCAGGCUGCAGAGGAGGAGGAGAGGGAGGCAAGACGGAGAGCUGCUCAGCGGAUACAGGAGGAGCAACAGGCUCUAUUGAACAAGCAAAGAGAGGUUGAGGAGAGCAAGCGCCAUGAAGAGCAGAGACUUGCUGCAGAAGCAGAAGCUAGGAGAGCUGAGGAACAGGCAAGAAGGGAGGAGGAGGCCCGGCACAGGAAUGAGAACAACUUCUACUUUAAAAGCAACUCCCCACUCUACAACACUCAAGCAUGGCAGCCAUCUUCUUCAACCUUGACCAAUCAGAAGUCACCUCACUCAGCAUCAGCCAAUAGAACUUCCCCAUUGGCAACACACUCUUUAUCAGCCAAUCAGAUUUCUCCAAGGGGAGCUCAAUACUCUCCAUCGGCCAAUCAGAAUUGUGUCUCUCCAAAUGGAUCAAAUUAUCCAUUAACUAGCAGAAGUGGACAUGUACCUCCAACAUAUGACAGCCAUGUUGUCCAUAGAACACCCUACUCAGAACAACAACCUAUUCAACAGCAACAGCAGUAUCAAAGAGAACAACACAUGAAUACCUCUGCUUCACCUGUCUAUAACAACCCGAUUGGUCAUCAACAGUAUGGUCACACUCCAGGUGGCAGGUCAAUUGGAAGUUCACCUAAUGACUUCAGUAGUCCUGCUAGCAGUGUGUACUCAAACUCCAGUCCAGGUAACUAUGGUAACAGUGAUGGUAGGUCAAGGGGACAAGAUGGUCGCCAGGAGAGUUCCAAUACCCAGGGAUUGGUAUCUAGUCCAGGAUAUUCACCCCAGUAUGGCCAGUCGCCUCAUAAUACAUCAAAUCACAGUGCUACUUACUCCCAAAAACAAGGAAGUGGUGCAUAUUCAUAUUUAGCUUCAGCUUGUCUUUCAAAUGAUAAAAACACAGUGAAUGACCAUGAAAGAAAUGAGAGAAGUUCCCAGAGCACAGAAUACUCCUCACGUCCCGGGAGACAACAUGCUAUUUCUCAUGGUGUAAAUGAAUAUUCUAAUUUUCAACAUGGAAGGCAUGAUGAUCACCAGCAUGAUUACCAUGGCAAUCCGCCACCUUAUGGAUACCAUGAAGGUUACCAUGGAAACCAAGAUCAACAGUAUAUUCCAAAUAACCCACCAUGUGACCCUUAUGGGGUACAAAGGAAGCCGGGUCUGAGCCUGUCAAAUAGUUUUAAGGAUGAGAGACGGUCUGGCGAAUACCAGUACAGACGAACUGUGUCUGACUCGAACACACGUCUACCAGACUCCAGUCACCACAUGCCAUUAACCAAUGGGCCCUUGGAGGAGCAGCCAAGUAUGAACGGUGACACACCAACACCUACCAACCAUUCUACAGAUAGCAGCCCUAACUCCACAAUAUUUGUCCCUUCCCCUGGCCCCAUCCCGGGAAAAACUAUCCCUAACCCAGCCCAGCCCGUGGUCAAUGGUCCAGGAGGGGAUGCCCACAAGACGCAACCCAAUGUACAACAGAAUACUGGCCCAGGCCCAGUAAGCAGAAAACCAAAGACAUCCCCUGGAACUACAGGAGUUGGGACUACAUCUCGUGUAGGACGAUUGGGGGACAAACCCGCAGGGCGGGCACCUGCAUCUAACCCAACCACCAGCAGGACCGGCCCUGGGGCACGGAAAACUAACCUUAACCAGGACGAAGAACUACGCAAAUCCAACAGCAGUCUAAAGUCUCUUGAAGGCUCCAAGCCAAAGACAGAGUCCAGAUUGCGAUCUAUUCAAAAAGAUGGCAUCCACAGUUAUGGCAAUAGGAGGUCCACAGGCAGCACAAGUAGUGACGACGACAGGAAAAGAUCAACGCCCACAAGAACCCUUGCAUCGUCAUCAGCCACGUCAAAACGGUCAGGGACAGGUAUGUCGAACACAACACGUUCAACAACACGCCCGGCAAACACUACCCCAACCAGUUCACGCCUGGCAAACACCAACACCAGCAAAUCUAGCACUGCAGGCAACAUGGGUGCUAAAUCUGGGGCAUCAAGCCGUAUAGCAGGAUCAAGUUUGCCUGGAGCAUCUCGUGCAGGCAUUGUACGCAGAGAUUCGACCUCCUCCACUACAUCUGUGUCCUCAACCAAGAGUAAAUCUAGCGUAGAUAAGACAAAAAGAUCGGGAACAGUGAUGACUAGCGCACAUGUGAAAAUGUUGGAUGACUACAGUAAAGAGGCCGGCGGGAACCACACGCUACGCCGACAACACGAGCAGCACCAAGAUCUUCAACACCAGCUAGAACUACUGAGGAAGACCAUAUCCACAAGGUUGAAACGCUCUUUACCGGAGAACCUUUCUGAGGCUUUGAGUGAUGGAGUGUUGCUGUGCCACCUGGCUAAUCAGAUUCGACCUCGCUCUGUGGCCAGUGUGCAUGUACCAUCUCCAGCUGUGCCAAAGCUGACUCCUCCAAAGUGUCGGAAGAAUGUGGAGAACUUCUUGGAGGCAUGUAGAAAAAUUGGAGUUCCUAAGGAGCAGAUCUGUGAAUCCAGCGACAUUCUCGCUGAAAAGGGGCUUCACCGUGUUGCACACACAGUUGCUUCCCUUGUUGCCAUAGGGACACAUUCAAAACAUCCAGCCUCAGCUGUUUGAAGUAGUGCUAGAACAAUUAAAUUAGGAUUUAAAUCAGAUCUUGUAAUAUGACAUGUGAUAUUAAUUAAUGCAUUGAAUGUCCUGUAGGACUGAUUUUAUAGCGACACAAAUAAUUAUGUUGCUUAGCAACACCAUUAUGACUUGUCCACAUGAAAAUGGAAUGCCUAGAACUGCCUGUGAUGAUUAUAACUAGAAACGUCUUGCCUUAGUUUUGUUUUUUUGUUGUCGGUAUAUUUGACGAUCCUGAGUCACGCUUUCUUCAGUAAAAAAGUUUUACUGCUUCGUUGAAAGUGAAACAAGAAAUUAGUUGUUAAAAUUGAAGUUGUUAAAGUUGAAAUUAGAUGUUUUUGGCUAUUUGAUGAAGAGAAUGCACUUUAGGGGAUCAAUUAUUUAUUUGUUCAUAUGUUUUAUCUGUAAUACAAGUUUCAUAUUCAAAAGCAUUUGUCUUUUACUUGCACAUAUUUUAUCACCAUGUUAAAAAACACAUAAAAGAAACACCAUACAUUAAAAACACUUAAUCCCUUUAUGUCUUCUACAUGGUGAGCUUAUGUAACACCAGUCUUCAUUAGAUAGAAGAUGUAGAAAAGCAAGGUUUCUGUGGAAUUAACUGCUCACAAGGGCAAGUUUUCUUCCUCCUUUUUUCGUACACCUUGUCGUUUAGUUUCGAAUAAGGUGCAAUAUUUCACCAAUUACUGAUAGGUCUAGAAUAUGACGAGAAUAAUGCCUUUUAAGCUGUGCUACAGAUUACAAGGAGGAGGAUUUCACAAAUUAUUCAUUGUAUAGUAGUACCAGCAUUUGUGUCCUGAAGUGUAUAUGUAUUAACUAAAGGAAACUGUCCAUGUUUUCUGAUACAUGAUAUUGAAAGCAAGUCUAACUCAUAUUUAUACAAGAAAUAUGUUACUCACAUUAUUUGUACAGAAUAAAUGUCAAGUCUAACUGCUUACACAUCAACUGUUCCACCAUUGUUCAUAUUUUCUAUUUAUUUUAAUUGUUAUCUCAUUAUAACUAACAAACAUUUGGUAAAAUCAAAAACACCCUUUUCAUAUCUCAUCAUUAUAAUCUAUGCAUCAUAGUAUUUUAUAUUUUAGUGUUCAUUAGUUCAUUACUUAAUACAUUUAAUUGAUUUCACCAUUUUAUGUGAGAUCAAUCUGUCUCAGUUUCCUGAUAGCUCAUCUUUACAAGAUCGUGGUGACCAAAAUUUCAAUUAAAAAACUGCUAGUUUUCACUAAGGUAUUGUUUAGUAAACCAUUAUGUACUUUCCUUAACUUAUGUCUGUAAAGCCUUAUUGUAUGCAAACCCUCAUCACUUCAUUAUUGAUUUUUUCCAUUGAAAUGUAGAUAUUGGGGCCAUCUUACCAGCAAGCAUAUUGAAUGAUCUAUUUUAAGAAUCAUUUAUUGAUUGAUUGUAAAGCGAUAUAUUUUAUAAAGAAAUAUUUUGGCUAGAUAUAUUUCUCUACACUUAUUUAGAUUUAAAAGUUGAAAUGGUAGUUUUAUUUUGGUACAUUUAUUUAUCGUGUGCUAUUUUGACAUAAACUUGAUGAUAAGAUGCCCAAAUUGAGCCAGCUUAUUGAAAUAGUAUUUGGCAGUAAAAUUCAAGUAAGUGUUAGAAUUCCUGUAAGCAUCUUCACAACAUUUUGACACUUAUUGUUGUAGGAAGAUAAAUGCUGAUAACACUUGUACCAUUUAUAAGCGUGUCUUGUUUGUUGUUGUUGCAUCAUAAUCCAUAUGGGAACAGUAAAGUACAGUGGAAACUCACUAAACCGGACAAGGUCCGGACUGGGCAAAAUUUCCGGUUUAGUGAGGAUUCCGGUUUAGUGAGGAUUUGAUGUACGGAGUAAGUUUACUCAAAAUAUUAACUGAGUUAACCUUUAGAGGGAAGUUGAAAACUGGAAUAAAAUGAAAAGGGACAGUUCAAUUCUUCAACGUUUAGACAGAGGUUGAGACAUGAUUAAAGCACAUGCAAAAGUGAUAAACAUUAUUAAACAUUUCUGCGUUUUUAUAAUAAUUUUUUUUUUUCAAAUCUUAAAGUAAAACAACUCGCGUAAUUUAAUGCUUGUUAAGUAUGUUUGAUAGUUUAAUUAACGCACCGCUCUGAUUUGAUUCAAUCAUAGAAGUCUUUAGAUAAAACAACCCUCCAAAAUGAUCAUUUUAAUAACCGUUUCUAGUUCUUUAUUUCCUGCAACAAACCAAUUAAUGUUUAGAUCAAUUUCCUUUUUACAAGUUUGAGUAUCUCGCGGCAGUCAAUCCUAAGCGCAAUCAACAUUAUCGAUUAUCGAGUUAACACAACAUCACAGGUGCAAUAUUUAACGACGCACCGGCUGUCAAAACAAAGUGACGCGCGAUUUCGCCAAUUCCUAAUACACAAAAUCAUUUUGACAUGUUUGAACAAAUAUACAUCCGAGUUUGUGAGGUAAAAUUACGUUGACAACUAACAAAUUUUCUCGAUUUUUUGUCCGGAAUUCCAGGGUUCCGGUUUUGUAGGGAUUUUUUUACAUUGAAAAUAGAAGGGAAAAACUGGGACUCUGAAAAAAGUCCGGUAUCCGAGGAUUCCGGUUUUGUGGAGAUCCGGUUUAGUGAGUUUCCACUGUACUACUUUACGUGCAGUUUGACCAUGUUAUAGAUAUCCACUUAUACGCACCCCAGUUAUUGAACGUUGCCUUUGACAACGUGAUACAAGAUGGGUACACUGUAUGAUUUCGAUAACUAAAGUUGUGGGUGUAGUAACAUUUACUUGUAAAGUGCUGAAUACACUGUAAAUACUAUUAUUAACUGUACAUACUUUACACAGAUGUAUGCUUUAAUAUGCUGCAAGUUGAACAGAUGUGUUCUAGCUCUGUCUAGCCACUUAAGUUUCUUUAAUGUAACUCAAUAUCUUUCAUGUAACUAAUUUUUCACUUGACUAUUUGAAGAAUAAGGAGAGCUAUACUACUCACCCAAGCGUCGGUGUCAGCAUCACACCUUGGUUAAGGUUUUGCAUGCAAGCACCUUGAAAUCAAUAUCUCAGUAAUUACAUCAUGUAUUGCAUUGAAACUUUAGAAAUGUAUUCCCAACUAUCUAACCUACUUAAUUAAUGAAGUUAGAUAACACUUACUUGAAUUUAAUGCAAAAAAUGGGGCUUUAUUAUUUGACUUAGAAAUUCUGGUUAAGGUUUUGUGUGCAAGCACACAUAGGUUAAUAUCUCAGCAACUACUCGAAGUAUUGCAUUGAGACUUAAUACAAUGGUACUCAACCAUCCAACCUACUUAAUUAACCAAGUAAGAUAACUCUUAUUUGCAUUUAAUGCAAAUAAUUGCCCUUUAUUAUUCGACUUAGAAAUUCUGGUUAAGGUUUUGUGUGCAAGCACACGUAGAUUAAUAUCUCAGCAACUACUUGAGGUAUUGCAUUGAGACUUUAUACAAUGGUACUCAACCAUCCAACCUACUUAAUUAACCAAGUAAGAUAACUCUUGUUUGUAUUUAAUGCAUAUAAUUGCCCUUUAUUAUUCAACUAAGAAAUUCUGGUUAAGGUUUUGCUUGUAAGCACAUAUAGGUUAAUAUCUCAGCAACUACUUGAGGUAUUGCAUUGGGACUUUAUACAAUGGUACUCAACCAUCCAACCUACUUAAUCUAACAAAAGUUAGAUAACUCUAGUUUGCAUUUAAUGCAAAAAAUUGCCCUUUAUUUUUUGACUUAGAAAUUCUUGUUAAGGAUUUGCAUGUAACCACAUUUAAGUCAAUAUCUCAGCAAAUAUAUCAUGCAUUGCAUUGAAACUGUACUCACAGGCUCCCAACCAUUUAACCUUCUUAUUUAAUCAAGUAAGAUAACUCUAUCUCUAAUAUUACAUAAUUUUUGCCCCUUUAUUAUGCGACUUAGAAGUUCUGGUUAAGGUCUUGCAUGUUAACGCACAGGAUAAUAGCACAGGAUAAUAUCUCGGCAACUACUUGAGGUAUUACUUUGAGACUUUAUACAAUGGUAUUCAACCAUUCACUUGAAUAACCAAGUUAGAUAACUGUAUUUUGCAAAUAAUGGCCAUUUAUUAUUGGACUUAGAAAUUCUGGUUAAAAUUUUGCAUAUAACCACAGUUAUGCUAAUAUCUCAGCACAUCAUCUAUUGCAUUGAAAUCUAAUCUAACAGUGAUCCAUGCAUGUUUCUCCAAACCUUUUCAAUCCUAACACUGAAAAAAGCGGCGGAAUAGUCGAGCGCGCUAUCUCUGUGACAGUUGUUGUUGUUUCUUUAAGUAACAAACUUACUAUAAAAGUCAUUCUAAGAUCCCAUUACAACGUAUAAGAUAUAUUAUUUAAGGGUAAACAGCUGGAUUAAGUUUGAUUGAAAUGAACAGUUUCAAUAACAAGGGGUUCGCAUGCCAUUAAAAGAAGUCAGUCUUCAUGGGAUGUAAUAUAAAGAGCUGACCAGGGAUCAGUAUUUACAUUUGUAUUGUCCCUACAUUUACUAAUGGUAUUUUUAUGUCUGUUUAUUUAGAAUUGAUAAGAUAAAAAUGUGCUUACACUUGCCUGCUUUGUGGACAUGUAUUAUGAUGUAAGCUAAAAAGUUUUUAUAUAAAGUGUAUAAAAAGUGGUAUUGAACCUUAUUAAACUACGAAUUUAAUAUUUAAUGGCAUGUACCAGUAGGCAUUUUUCUGCUGAUAAAUAUGUCACUGUUGUUUGACCAUUCCUGGCUUUAAUGUUGCUUCCAUUUAAACAUGUAAAAUUGUGCAAUAGGUUUAUUUCUUCCAGUUAAAUAUUCAUGUUUUUUGUUUGUUAAGAAGACGUUUUGAAGAUUAAGACUGGUUUUGGAUAAAUUCAACUUAAAAUAUAUAUUUGUUGACAAUCUAUACGUUAAAGUGUUACUUGAAAAGGUAUAUCUGAUAAAUUCCUUUUUCUCUUGUAUAACAUUAACCAGUUGUCCAAUUGUGUGUGUUUUCAUUUAGAAGAAAAAUGCUUUAAAUUCAUCAGUGAAUACCAUUGUUCACGAAGGCAUAGAAGACUUAGAAAUUUCGUUUCGGUAUGAUACAAUGUUAUUAACUAUUAACAUUACUUUUGUAGCAUAUUAUGUGUUUUACAAUAGGUAAUCAUUCAUUGUUUGUUCAUUUUAAGCUGGUUACUAACGUUUGUUUAGAUAAUGUUAAUGUAGGAUUAGACGCUAUUUAUGAGAUGGGUAUGCAUUUAUUUUCCUUGUGUAUAUUUAACAUGAUGCCUUCUGCAAGGGUGAGCUCACGUUGUCAUUUUUAUCUCGUGUAUUUAUUAUUACAUGUAAUCAUGUCUUGCUUAAUCACCUAUCUUUGUUCAUUUGAUAUGAAUGAUAAAACACUAAAAUGCCA